CCGUAAUGGGGAAGCCAAACAAAAGCAAGCACCGGAAGGGGGGCAUUGGCGCUCGAGCGCAUCUUGAGAUAAACGGCGCCGGUGACGCGGAGCAGCAACUCUCUUUAUCCUCCUGGUCAUCGUGCGGUGCCCGUAAACCGAAGUCAGAGCUCAGAUGACUAAUAUUCCAUCAGGAGUGAAGCGCAGUUGGGAUGGGGAAGCGGAUAGCCAGCCAAAGAGAGCGCGGGAGGAGCCAAGAGACUGGAGAGAUGUGCAUUUGAAGCCAGGCCGCAAAGCUGGACCACCAGGAGGAGAUCGACGGGAUAGGGAACGCGAGCGUGAUCGGGAUACGCGACGUCCCGAUAGCAGACGAGGAGACGAUUACCGCCGGGGCUCCCGUCGGGACGAUAGGCGGCCGAGACGCCCUUCAUCCAGAAGACAUUCCCCUAGGCGGUCUACGCGCUCCCCUCCAAGGCGCUCCAGGACGCGUUCGCCACGCCGACGUAGCCGUUCCCCGCGACGCGACUCAUCGACGAAGCCAUCGACAGUGGAUGACGAGAAGGAAGAGGGCGAGAUCUCUCCCCGUCCUCCGACCAACAGGCCCCCGUCGAAGGCUCAAGACACGAAUGGCAAGCAGCCUGACGCUACCGCCGAUCCCGAGGUCGAAACCGUAGUAACUCCGCCACCUGCCCCCUCGGUAGAAGAGACCCUCGCUCAGCGUCGUGCGAAGCGACAGGCCAUCCUAGCCAAGUACGCGGGCAUAGCCAGUAAUGGCGCCUCCGCUAGCCCGAGCCCCGGCCCCAGUAGUGCGGUUUCCCAGCCGCCUCCAGAUUCUGUCGUCAAUUCUAACACCGUCACGCCUCAGACCGAAAGUGUCAGCAAUGGCACUCCUGCGCUCGCGGGCUCGCCGAAACAGAAUGGUGCAGUUUUGUGCUUACUCUCCGCGAAUGUGGACCACUGAUCCAUAUAUUCAGGCCAGCAGGAGGUGGCGGCUUCGUCGUCGCCUGCUCCUAAUGACUUUGCAUUGGCUAAAGACGGUGACACGAACGGAGAUGUACAGAUGACAGACGCGAACGCUCAGGGCGAGCAUGUUCUUGCAGCCGACUAUGACCCCAGCCAUGACCGUCGCGAAGACGAGCACAAGCGCUUCGGCGUCCCUCCUCAUCCUCAACAAGCCGCGGAGGUGGUCGAGUCCGAGGAAUUCGA